GCUGUCACUUUCAUUCGUUUGGUACACGAGUAGUCCGCAUUUCAAUUUAAUUUUUUACGUAACCCUUUUCGAUCGAAUUAAUUUCGUUGCGCGCUCCUUCCGAAGGUUUUUUAUCGGAAAAUCAGCAAAUCGCAUCGUUCAUCACGGCCACUCCGCCAAAAGCAUUUUCUUAAUUGCAUUCAAACGACGACACGGCCGUAAAUUCAAGACAAAUAAAGGCAUCUCGCAUAAAUUUGCUCCGUUCGACGUCAUCAAUUUUGAGAAAUUACACAAAGGGAACGCGCAAUCGCGGAAUUUUGUUGUUUUGAAUUAGGGAAAAGUGCAUUUUUUGGCGAAAAACGUUGCAAUCAUGUUCAGUAUAAUUGGAAAAAUGGCAAAAUUAAGACCUGUCAAGGCCUGCAUUUUCGACAUGGAUGGCCUCAUACUUGACACGGAAACGUUGUACUCCAAAGCGACGCAAAACAUUCUCGACGAGACGGGCGUCAAACGGACGUACACGUGGGACGUGAAACAAACGCUCAUGGGGUUACAGCGCGAAGAAGUGUCGAAACGCAUCGUCGAAAUUUACGACAUUCCCCUGACGUGGGAAGAGUACAUGCAUCGGCAACAAGAACAAAUUGAGAUUCUCAUGCAAAAUGCCCAAUUGAUGCCAGGAGCUGAACGGUUGAUUCGACAUUUGCAUGAUAAUGAUGUACCUAUUGCAUUGGCUACAAGUUCUGGCGAAGAUUCCGUCGCAGUAAAGACAAAACAUCAUCAAGAACUCUUCUCGUUGUUCCAUCACAAAGUCAUGGGCUCCUCCGAUCCAGAAGUGAAACAAGGAAAGCCUGCGCCCGACAUUUUCUUGAUUGCCGCACAACGUUUCAAGGAACAAGUUAAUCCAGAAGAAUGUCUCGUAUUUGAAGAUGCCCCAAAUGGAGUGACAGCAGCUGUUUCCGCUGGCAUGCAAUGCGUUAUGGUUCCUGAUGAACAAAUUUCCAAAGACUUGUGCAAACAUGCGACUGUCGUUCUGAAAUCCCUUGAAGACUUUAAGCCCGAAGAUUUUGGACUCCCGCCGUUCAAGUCAUAGAAGAAAUUUGAAAUUUUUAACAAAAUUAACACUUAGCACUAAUUUUUUUAAGUUACACAUUAAUUAGGACUUCACUAAUUUUUUAAUUUUUGGGAGAGUAGCGAAUUCGAAUUCUCUACCGCGAAUUUACAAAAAAAAAUAUAUUUUUCUAAGCUGACAUAUUUUUUGAAGCUUCUUGUCUUGUAGAUAGUCAAGACGUGUAGAUAACAAAAAAUAAAUGAAAACUAAGAAAAUAUAUCAAACAAAAAAAAAAAUAAAGACCUAUCAUUGUUAUGAAUUAUAGAAAAAAAUAAACUAUUUUGUCAAAAUGA